AUCCGUGGAGCCCAGCUGGGAUGGGGACAGUCAGGGGAGUGGCAGCACUACACCACGGUAGCUUCACUUAGCCUCGGUUAGCCUCAGUUAGCCUUGACGUCAAACCUAAGCGAGCUAACGCCCGGUAGCUGCCAUGGACUUGAAUACCGUCCUGCCGCAGCUUGAAACUGACGGAGUGGAUGAAAUUGAGAAGCUCCUGGAGCUAUAUAACCGAGAGAACAUUCACACCUUCACCUUUGACCAGAAUGAAGAAACCCUGAGACGAAAGCUGUGUCAGAGCGUCUUGACGGUGCUCGGGAGGCAGGUUCAGCCCAGCUGUCAGAAGACAUGUCUGGAGACCCUGCGCAUCCUCUCCAGAGACAAGCGCGUCCUUGCGCCUGUAGCCACCAGGGAGGGCAUGCUGAUCUUGGGAGGGAUGGCGAAGCUGAACGCCGGAGAGGAAGGAGGAGAUCACCAGGAGCACACGCAGUCAGAGGAGGAGGAGAGGGUGGUGGUGGAGGCCUUGAAGUGCCUGUGCAACGUGGUGUACAACAGCCCCGCGGCUCAGCAGGUCAGUGUGGAUGUGCAGCUGGUUCAGGGCCUGUGCGCCAACCUGCGCACCGCCCGCACCUGGCACCACGAGGUGGGCCUGUUCACGCUGCGCCUUCUCUUCCUGCUGUCCGCCCUCCGGCCUGAUGUCAGAGGGGUUUUGAGGAGGGAGAAGAACGCAGUGAAACUACUGACGGAGGUGCUGGAGCACACCCUGGACGUGAGCUGGGUCGGUCCCUACGAAACCGCCCGUCCGGAUCCUCAGGGCCUGCCCCUGCCCGCGGAGGAGAAUGAACGAGCAAUGGAAGCACUGAAAGCCUUGUUCAACCUCACGCUGUCUCCAGCGGGCGGUGAAGACGACGACCACCAGUACAGAGUCAUUGCAGCCAUCCUGCGUCACCUGUUGAUGCUGAAGACUGAGACGGAGGAGAAAACGGAGGAAGCACACAGCCAUGCUGUCAACUUGCUUAACAACCUGCCUGUGUCCUGCCUGGACGUGUUAAUUGACCUGCCCGUCCAGGGAGGACAGGAAAAAUAUGGCGGAAAGAACAUGGACGUGGUCCAGGUGUUACUAGACUUCAUGGAGAAGAGAAUUGACAAGCAGGGCUCCAACUACAAAGAGGGUCUGACUCCGGUGCUCAGCCUUUUGACUGGAGGGUCCAGACAACACAGGGAGAUCCGCAGAUACAUCAAAGCUCAGGUGCUUCCUCCUCUGAAAGAUGUGAAAAUCAGGCCAGAGGUUGGUACCACCAUCAGAAACAAGCUGGUUCGUCUGAUGACACACGUGGACAUGGGAGUGAAGCAGACGGCUGCAGAGUUUCUCUUUGUUCUCUGCAAAGAAAGCGUGGACAAUCUGUUGAAGUACACAGGAUAUGGAAACGCGGCAGGACUCCUGGUGGCUCGAGGACUUCUUGCCGGAGGCAGAGGAGAGACUGAGUACUCAGAAGACGAAGACUCGGACACAGAGGAAUACAAAAAUGCCAAACCUUUCAUCAACCCCAUCACCGGUCACGUGGAGGAGCCGAUGCCGAACCCCAUUGAAGAGAUGACGGAGGAGCAGAAGGAGUAUGAAGCCGAGAAACUGGUCAAUAUGUUCGACAAGUUGUCAAGGCAGAACGUGAUCCGGCCCAUGGGCGUCAGGCCCGACGGGACGCUAGCGCCUCUCGAGGAAACACUCCGCGACCCACGUGAGGACGACUCGGCCUCAGACUCGGACUAGGGCGCCCCGGCGGCUAGGCCACGUUUUCCAGACUGAGCCCACGUCGAGAGCUGUGUCCUAUUUCAAGGCCUGGAUCCUUUGGUGGGUCCUUGAAGGUGGGUUGUGGAGCUGGGCUGAACCUGCGCCUCCAUCCUGAUAGAGAUUAGUCUGCUGCAGAGUGUAGAGCUGUCUCCAAAAAAAACUUCAGGCGCUGGAUCAGAAACUGAACACACAAGUCAAACAACAUAGUGAAAUGCUGCAUUCACUGCUCCCUAUAAAUUAUGACUUUUUUUUUUUUUUUUUAAUUUUUCUUUUUUAUUUAAACCAAUGUUGGACUUAAGAGUAUAACCAGGAAGUUAACAUAUGACUUCUAUUAAUGUUUAUGUCAUAAAUAUAUCCAUUACACCUUUCAGGGUAAACGAUCACGCUCUUUGGUGUCGUUCAAGCGAUUCCGACGAAUGAAUCAGCGUAAAGUCUGACAAAUGUGACGUGAUAAAUUCGCAAACUGUCGCGUGAGUCGACGGGGACUUAAAAGUGCCAUUAAAAAUUCAUCCGGUGUGCAGUGGAUUGCGGGAUGUGGGGUGCUGCUACUGCGGUUUAAGAAAAGAAAUCUUACUUUCUUUGCCUCGUUCAGACUGUUCUCUGAAAUUGUUGCACUAUUUACGGUCAAAAUCAAAGCUCUGACGAUCCAGUCCUGAAGUGGGACACAGCUGAACAUUUCACAGGCCUGGUCGCGGCUGCAAAGCCGCUCUCCCACAGCGGAUGUGGACUGACGCGUAGCGGGAAGACUCUGCAGAGGCAUUGCAAUGCGCUGGAGGCCUUCAUGAUUACUCUUGCACCCUUUAUUUCGCCGUCGGUUAUAAGUUGAGAAAAUAGGAUAAUAUAAUGUUUUGCUGGAUCACGUGUUCCUCACCCGGGAACACGCGUCGUCCUGGUUUGUUUAAAGUAUAUCCGAGUCUGAAUAAUCAUUCCUUCACUUGUGAUUUUUUUUCCUUCACAUCGUUCACGGUUUCUCUCUCUGUGUUUCCAGAUCAAGUGCACAUUACACACACAAAUUUAAAACAUGAAAAUCAUAGUGAAUAAUAGAGCUUCUCCUCGGUUAAAAAAAAAAAAUCACGGGGCCUGUCCGGACUAGAACACAGGAGGAGUGAUGUUUAAUUAGAAAGUCGGACUGAGUCUGAGCACUGUGUAGGUUUGGUUGUGUAAUUAUCAUGAACACUGCACACCAGUUGGUCGCCAAGGAAAUUUUCUGACUUCAGGGCUUCUUGGCUUUACUCACUUUAUGGUGUUUUUCAUUAAAAAGAAAAAAAAAAAGUAAGACUCUAAAUGGAGAGACGCAGCGUUUUCCUGUGGUGGAUGAAUUUCUGUUCUGGACUCUUAAAAUGUGUAAAGCCUUCGAUGAUGGUUUUGUAAUCUACUUUACUUUUGCCAAAUCUGCAUGAUGUUGAAUCAAGAAAUGUGAUUUUUCUUUUUCUAGAUUGAAAAUGUUGCUGAUUUUAUAUAAAUCCACACGUAUGUGGCGUAUGUAUAAACUCUCUUUGUGUUUGGUGCAGUUUAAUUUAAUGUAAAGGGCAGUUCAGAGACUUUUUAACAGACUCAAAUCCUGCUUUGGAUGUAAUUUAAAACGCUGAUUAUAAUGCUGUAACCAGAAAACGUGUCAUUCUUAUGAGAGCUGGUGAGAGAUAACUCGUUUAAUACUUAAAAAUGAAGAGCACAUUUAUACUCCUAAAAGACCUGAGUGGAUAUUUUGAAUUGCUUGCCUGAAUUUGGUGUCAAAGAUGUUUUUUUUUUUUUGUUGUUUGUUUGUCUUUAGAGUUAUAAAAAGGUCAGAUAUACAAAGAAAAAGCACAAAAUUCUUCACACCUCAAACAAUUCGUUGGCAGUUCCAUGCGUUUCUCAUCGGUUUAUGUUUUGUCAUCAGCCAAUUCGCGUACGCGCCUUUUGUGCUGCUCUGUAAAUGCAUUCAUGACCCUUCACAAUCACAGUGAGAUACAGUCAGAUGUUGAUCACUUACGUUAAAUCAUUCUGUCGGUUGUUUUUUCUCCCACCUUCUUAUACUGUAAAUGGCACCAUACUUUAUACCAAUAAACAGUUAAGAAUAA